AGAGGAGCAGAAGAGUCAGGUGCUGAAGGAGAAGAUGGAGGCUCUGAGCAGAGAGAUAGCAGCUCUUUCAGACACAGUCAGAGCCACAGAGGAGCAGCUGAGAGCUGAAGACGUCUCAUUCCUGCUCAACUACAAGGCUGCAGUGGAAAGAGUCCAGCAGCGCCCCCUGCUGGAGGAUCCACAGCUGCCCUCAGGAGCUCUGAUAGACCAGGCCAAACACCUGGGCAACCUGACCUUCAACAUCUGGAACAAGAUGAAGGACAUGGUCUCCUACACUCCUGUGAUCCUGGACCCAAACACUGCUGGUCCAAGACUCAUCCUGUCUGAAGAUCUGACCAGUGUGAGAGGAGGAGAGAGACAGCAGCUUCCUGACAAUCCAGAGAGGUUUGAUCAUUAUUUCACCUCUGUCCUGGGCUCUGAGGGCUUCAACUCAGGGACUCACAGCUGGGAGGUCGAGGUUGGAGACAGUAUAGGCUGGUUACUGGGAGUGUCAGCAGAGUCUGUCCACAGGAAGGGAGCCAAACUGUCUGGAUUCUGGGGAAUAUGGUUCAAUGAAGGUAAAUACUCAGCAUGGUCACCAUCAGCUCCACCCACUGCUCUCCGAGUGCAGAAGAAGCUCCAGAGGAUCAGAGUGAAUCUGGACUGGAACAGAGGAAAGCUGUCGUUCUCUGAUCCUGAUACUAACACACACAUACACACCUUCACACACACUUUCACUCAGAGGAUGUUUCCAUACAUUUACACUGGGGAUGAACUGCAGAUAUCAGCUGUGAAGGUCUGUGUGACAGUGGAACAGAGCAGUUAGAGAUAAAGAGGAUGAUUAUAUUUAUGAUGAUGUUUAUUUCUUAAAGGGAAAAGUCUCUGAAUUGAACCUGUGAAGCUGCACCUGUCCUCCUGCUGCCUCAUUAUUCCAAACUCAUGUUGAUCUUUGGUUCACUUACUGUUUUUCAUUGGUUUCAUUUCUUUUUCUUGGUAUUUAGUUCGACACUUUUAGUUUCUGUUGUCGACCUUUUCACAUGUGAAAUGCUUUCACUCUGUUUCUUUAUGUUUGCUUCGUUUAGCCUUUUCUUUUUUAUGGAUACUGUGUCAUUUGAAAUAGUUGUCCAUGUUUUAUUAUUUGGACUGGUGUGUGUGGAGCCAUGAAGAGCAGCAGCCACUCUGUGAAGCUGAUGAGGAUCCAGAUAAAGAAACAACAAUCAGUUUAUCAAUAACUGCAUGUUUGAGCGGCCAAUCAUUGUUCAGAUCCAACAGCCUUCAUUUUAAAUUCUAGUCCAGAUUAUAAAGUUUCCAACAUUAAAAUCAAUGUUUAUUUACAUGUAUGAGAUGUUGACAAUAUAUAAAAUAAAUGUUUUAAAUGAUCCAAAAUCUU